CACUCACUCUUCCUCCUCAAGUCCUCCCUUGCAACUCAGGUGAAAAAGGCUAGAGCUUUAGACAACAAUGGCUGCUUUCCCCAACGUUAACUCUGACUCUGGAUUGAAAAAGCUCGAUGAGCAUCUUCUCACACGCAGUUACAUCACUGGUUACCAGGCUUCAAAGGAUGAUAUCACUGUCUUUACUGCUCUUGCAAAGCCCCCAACUUCGCAGUAUGUCAACGCUUCUCGUUGGUACAACCACAUCAAUGCCCUCUUGAGGAUCUCUGGUGUCUCUGCUGAGGGAAGCGGUGUCAUUGUUGAGGGAUCAGCCCCAGUUGCUGAAGAGGCUGUUGCUACUCCUCCUGCAGCUGAUUCUAAGGAUGCUGCUGAUGAGGAAGAUGAUGAUGAUGUUGACCUUUUCGGAGAGGAGACUGAAGAGGAGAAGAAAGCUGCUGAGGAGAGAGCUGCUUCCGUUAAGGCAUCUACUAAGAAGAAGGAAUCUGGAAAGUCAUCUGUUUUGAUUGAUAUCAAGCCAUGGGAUGAUGAGACCGACAUGAAGAAGCUUGAGGAAGCUGUGAGAUCCAUCCAGAUGGAAGGAUUAUUCUGGGGAGCGUCAAAGCUUGUACCAGUCGGUUAUGGUAUCAAGAAGUUGCAGAUUAUGUGCACUAUUGUUGAUGACCUUGUCUCUGUUGACACCAUGAUUGAAGAGCAGCUCACCGUCGAACCAAUCAAUGAGUUUGUCCAGAGCUGUGACAUUGUUGCCUUCAACAAAAUCUGUGAGUUUCAUUAA